GAAUGUGGGAAGAGUUUUACUCAUCGAAGCAGCCUGAUAUCACACCAGAGAAUACACACAGGAGAGAAACUUUCUAGCUGUGAUGAAUGUGGGAAGAGUUUUACUCGUUCAACCAGCCUGAAAUUACACCAGAGAACACACACAGGAGAGAAAUCUUUUAGCUGUGAUCAAUGUGGGAAGAGUUUUACUCAACUAGGCAACCUGAUAACACACCAGAGAACACACACAGGAGAGAAACCAUAUAGCUGUGAUGAAUGUGGGAAGAGUUUUACUCAAUCAACCAGCCUGAAAUUCCACCAGAGAAAACACACAGGAGAGAAACCUUUUAGCUGUGAUCAAUGUGGGAAGAGUUUUACUCAUCGAAGCAGCCUGAUAUCACACCAGAGAAUACACACAGGAGAGAAACUUUCUAGCUGUGAUGAAUGUGGGAAGAGUUUUACUUGUUCAACCAGCCUGAAAUUACACCAGAGAACACACACAGGAGAGAAAUCUUUUAGCUGUGAUCAAUGUGGGAAGAGUUUUACUCAACUAGGCAACCUGAUAACACACCAGAGAACACACACAGGAGAGAAACCAUAUAUCUGUGAUCAAUGUGGGAAGAGUUUUACUCAACUAGGCAACCUGAUAACACACCAGAGAACACACACAGGAGAGAAACCAUAUAGCUGUGAUGAAUGUGGGAAGAGUUUUACUCAAUCAACCAGCCUGAAAUUCCACCAGAGAAAACACACAGGAGAGAAACCUUUUAGCUGUGAUCAAUGUGGGAAGAGUUUUACUCAUUCAACCAGCCUGAAAUUACACCAGAGAACACACACAGGAGAGAAACCUUUUAGCUGUGAUCAAUGUGGGAAGAGUUUUACUCAGCUAAUCAACCUGAUAACACACCAGAGAACACACACAGGAGAGAAACCAUACAGCUGUGAUGAAUGUGGGAAGAGUUUUACUCAUUCAACCAGCCUGAAAUUACACCAGAGAACACGCACAGGAGAGAAACCUUUUAGCUGUGAUCAAUGUGGGAAGUGUUUUACUCAUCGAAGCAGCCUGAUAUCACACCAGAGAAUACACACAGGAGAGAAACUUUCUAGCUGUGAUGAGUGUGGGAAGAGUUUUACUUGCUUGCGCAAUCUGACUCUUCACCAGAGAACA